CGCUCCGACGCAGCCCGUGUGGGCGGAGCCCCGCGCCACCGCCCCCGCCCCUCCCGCAUUUCGCGGCCGCCGCCGCGGAGCCGGGCGCGGGGGGAGGAUGGAUCCGUGGUUGUGGUUGUUGACGCCCCGCGCCCGCCAGUCCGGCGUCAAUGGAGGAGGACGCUGAGACCCGCAAGAUCAGCGGCAGUUUCCUGCGAGACCACAGCUAUGCCACGGAAGCUGACAUCAUCUCUACAGUAGAGUUCAACCACACCGGAGAAUUACUGGCAACAGGGGACAAGGGGGGCCGUGUUGUAAUAUUUCAGCGUGAGCAGGAGAGCAAAAACCAGCCCCAUCGCCGAGGAGAGUACAAUGUCUACAGCACCUUCCAGAGCCAUGAGCCGGAGUUCGAUUACCUGAAGAGUCUGGAGAUAGAGGAGAAGAUCAAUAAGAUCCGAUGGCUCCCGCAGCAGAAUGCAGCCUAUUUUCUGCUCUCCACCAACGAUAAGACAGUGAAGCUAUGGAAGGUCAGCGAGCGGGACAAGAGGCCGGAGGGAUACAACCUCAAGGAUGAGGACGGCCGUCUCCGAGACCCCUCCAUGAUCACAGUGCUACGGGUACCUGUGCUCCGGCCCAUGGACCUGAUGGUGGAGGCCACCCCCCGGAGAGUGUUUGCCAAUGCUCACACCUACCACAUCAACUCCAUCUCCGUCAAUAGCGACUAUGAGACCUACAUGUCAGCUGAUGACCUGAGGAUAAACUUGUGGAACUUUGAAAUCACAAAUCAAAGUUUUAACAUCGUGGACAUCAAGCCGGCCAACAUGGAGGAGCUGACAGAGGUGAUCACAGCCGCUGAGUUCCACCCACACCACUGUAACACCUUUGUCUACAGCAGCAGCAAAGGCACCAUCCGGCUGUGCGACAUGCGCACCUCCGCCCUCUGUGACCACCACGCCAAGUUUUUUGAAGAGCCCGAAGACCCAAGUAAUCGAUCGUUUUUUUCUGAGAUCAUCUCCUCAAUCUCUGAUGUCAAAUUCAGCCACAGUGGGCGAUACAUCAUGACCCGAGACUAUCUCACCGUGAAGGUGUGGGACCUGAACAUGGAGAACCGUCCCAUUGAGACCUAUCAGGUUCACGACUACCUGCGGAGCAAGCUCUGCUCGCUGUAUGAGAAUGACUGCAUCUUUGACAAGUUCGAGUGUGUCUGGAAUGGGUCUGACAGCGUCAUCAUGACCGGCUCCUACAACAACUUCUUCCGCAUGUUUGACCGCAACACCAAGCGUGAUGUGACGCUGGAGGCCUCGCGGGAGAACAGCAAACCCCGCGCCAUCCUCAAGCCCCGCAAGGUCUGUGUGGGUGGCAAGCGGAGGAAAGACGAAAUUAGUGUGGACAGUCUGGACUUUAGCAAAAAGAUCCUGCAUACAGCUUGGCAUCCCUCGGAGAACAUCAUUGCCGUGGCAGCAACAAACAACUUGUAUAUAUUCCAGGACAAGGUUAACUAGGACAGCUGUUCUUUAGGAAUCUCAUGUACUGAAUACUAGUAAACACAGGAUUUCAAAUGGUUUGUUUGUUUGUUUGUUUGUUUGUUUGUUUGUUUCUUUCUUUCUUUCUUUCUUUCUUUCUUUCAUUCUUCUUUUCUUUGUUUUCCCUUUUCCUCUUCCUUGGCUCAGUUGUUGCUCUGCAGGUAGCGGCUCUGCAGAGGCGAAAGCCCUGCAACCUCGGCAGAUCCAGAUUUCGCUUUA